AUGUAUGACCCAAUACCCCCACCACCCAUGUAUGACCCAAUACCCCCACCACCCAUGUAUGACCCAAUACCCCCACCACCCAUGUAUGACCACAUACCACCGACCAUGUACGACCCACUACCCACUACCCACCACCCACAUGCGACCAACGUGCGACCCACUACCACCACCAAUGUACGAUCCACUACCCACUACCCAUCACCCCCACAACCCACUUGCGACCCAAUACCCCCACCACCCAUGUAUGACCCAAUACCCCCACCACCCAUGUAUGACCCAAUACCCCCACCACCCAUGUAUGACCCAAUACCCCCACCACCAAUGUAUGACCCAAUACCCCCACCACCCAUGCAUGACCCAAUACCCCCACCACCCAUGUAUGACCCAAUACCCCCACAACCCAUGUAUGACCCAAUACCCCCACCACCCAUGUAUGACCCAAUACCCCCACCACCCAUGUAUGACCCAAUACCCCCACAACCCAUGUAUGACCCAAUACCCCCACCACCCAUGUAUGACCCAUCACCCCCACCACCCAUGUAUGACCCAAUACCCCCACCACCCAUGUAUGACCCAAUACCACCACCCAUGUAUGACCCGCCACCCCCAUCACCCAUGUAUGACCCAAUACCCCCACCACCCAUGUAUGACCCACCACCCCCACAACCCAUGUAUGACCCAAUACCCCCACCACCCAUGUAUGACCCAAUACCCCCACCCAUGUAUGACCCACCACCCCCACCACCCAUGUAUGACCUACUACCACCACCCAUGUAUGACCCACUACCACCACCCAUGUAUGACCCGCCACCCCCAUCACCCAUGUACGACCCAAUACCACCCCCACCACCCAUGUAUGACCCACCACCCCCACCACCCAUGUAUGACCCACUACCACCACCCAUGUAUGACCCACUACCACCACCCAUGUAUGACCCGCCACCCCCAUCAACCAUGUACGACCCAAUACCACCCCCACCACCCAUGUACGACCCAAUACCCCCACCACCCAUGUAUGACCCACCACCCAUGUAUGACCCAAUACCCCCACCACCCAUGUAUGACCCACCACCCCCACCACCCAUGUAUGACCCAAUACACCCACCACCCAUGUAUGACCCAAUACCACCACCCAUGUAUGACCCGCCACCCCCAUCACCCAUGCGAAUGUGGAGCCUCAUCUCUGGGUACUACUCUCAAGCUCAAGGCUCCAUGAUUCUCUGUAACCCUAGAUGA